CGCAGACAUGACGUCAGAACCUGCGCAGAUCAGGGGGCGUAGAACCGCCAUCUUGUCAGCUCUGUUUACUUCCGUUAUCCCAACCGUCGGCAUCUGUCCGAUUUCCUCGCCAUCCUAAGAAUCUCCGUCAUUUCUUGGAGCCAGGAGUAAAGAAAAAGGCACAAUCUUAUUCCAGCCGCCGAAGUUUUGGUCGGUGUCGCGUAAAGAACUGUGAACGAGGAGUUUUUUUCAGGGCGGAAGUGAGUGAGAUCGCCGGUCGGCAGCUUGUUUCAUCAUGGGAACGAAGGACGACGAGUACGAUUACCUGUUCAAAGUUGUUCUGAUUGGUGACUCUGGAGUGGGGAAGAGUAACCUGCUGUCACGUUUCACGCGGAAUGAGUUUAACCUGGAGAGUAAGAGCACGAUAGGCGUGGAGUUCGCCACACGGAGCAUCCAGGUCGACGGGAAAACCAUCAAGGCACAGAUCUGGGACACGGCCGGACAGGAGCGAUACCGAGCCAUCACCAGCGCUUACUACAGAGGGGCAGUGGGCGCCCUGCUAGUAUACGACAUCGCCAAACACCUUACGUACGAGAACGUGGAGCGCUGGUUGAAGGAGCUACGAGACCAUGCCGACAACAACAUCGUCAUCAUGCUCGUCGGGAACAAGAGCGACUUGCGACAUCUACGGGCCGUGCCCACGGACGAAGCCAAGGCAUUCGCAGAGAAGAAUAGUCUAUCCUUCAUCGAGACUUCAGCUUUAGACUCAACCAAUGUGGAGACCGCUUUCCAGAACAUUCUGACAGAAAUCUACCACAUCGUCUCACAAAAGCAAAUUCGCGACAGCCCCGGGGACGAUGAAUCGCCGAGCACGAACGUGCAGACCAUCACCGUCGCUCCAACCACGGACGCAGACACCAAGAAAAAACUGGCCUGUUGCCAGCAGUAAACUCACUGCAAGAAACAUCCAGACUUCUUCUUAAACAGCAUCUCAGCGUGCUGUCUUCUCUCUGUCUUCUUAUCUUUUACCGUUAGGACAAGUUCAGCCGGUCCUUGUGCAACUUUCCAUCUUCAACACUUGUAUUUAUAGUUAUACACCGGUAAAAUAACAGUCUAACCAAUCAGCAUCAAGAAAAAGUGUUAUACACCGGUAAAAAUAACAGUCUAACCAAUCAGCCUCAAG